AUGAAUCAAAAUAUUUCUCCGUUUGUGAUCGGUGAACCAUCGACGGUGGGAAAGAGAUGGACGGCGUGGAAACGGUCGUUCGAACUCUAUUUGGCGUGCAACGCUGAUAUUACUGUGGAAAAGAAGAAAGCUUUGUUUUUACAUCUGGGUGGACUGGAAGUGCAAGAAGCAUUUUUCGAUGAUCCAAAGAGUAAUGAAGAGCCUGCAGAAGGGUCUGAUGUCUAUCAGAAGACAGUGGAGAUACUUGACAAUCAAUUUAAGCCAAUCGUAUGUAUUCCGCAUGAACGAGCGGUGUUUCGGAAAAUGUCUCAAAAAGAGGAAGAAAGUGUUGCGCGAUUUGUGAGUCGAUUGCGUCAUCAAGGGAACGUGUGUGACUAUGGAAAUGCUCUAGAUAUGCGUAUUACAGAGCAAAUCUUCGACGGUUGCAUUUCUAAUGCGUUACGUGGUGAAAUAUUAAAGAAACGGCUGGUAGAGCUGGCCGAUAUUCUCGAAGAGGGAAGAAUUUUGGAAACGAUCGACAUGAACCAACGGGAAAUAGUGAAAGAAGAAAAUUUUCAGAGUGUAAACAAAAUUAAAAGUGCAGGUAACAGGUGUUUCCGCUGCGGUUCUCUGGGACAUUUCGCUAACGACAAAAAGUGUCCAGCUCGCAAGAAAGAAUGCGAUAAAUGUGGAUUAGUAGGACAUUUUAAGAAGCUGUGCAAAACAAAGAAUCCAGCGAUAAAGAAAAAGAAGAAAAUACAACAGGUAGAAGAUUCGGAUGAAGAGGAAGAAUGGUGCGCGGAGGACGCAAGAGAUUGUGAAAGUGAUGAAAGUGAUAUCUACAAUGUUUUCGCUCUGAAAUCACAACCCGGAAAAUGCUUGGCUGUGCAAAUCGGGAAUAAAUACAAUACGAAAGUGAAUUGCUUGGUUGGGGGCGUAUCGUUAGAAUGGAUGAUAGAUUCAGGUGCAUCUGUAAACGUGAUCGGCGAAGAUACAUGGAAACAGCUUAAACAAAAAGGUUGUAAAGUGAGUUAUAUCAGCAAUGAAACGCGUAAAAAGUUAAUGGCAUAUGGGAAUAACAAGUUGGACGUGAAAGGAGUUUUCAAAGCAGAUAUCAGCGUUGGAUCAACAACAGUGCAUCGAGAAAUAUAUGUCGUCAAGGGAAGCGGUGCGAACCUGCUAGGCCGAGUUACUUCAAUGGAUCUUGGCGUUCUACGUAUCCAAACAGAGGUGCAUCAAAUCCUGCAGGAGAAAACAGGUAAGAUUGGCAAAGCUAGAAACCUGUUAAUAUCUAUAAAUAUCAACCGAGAUGUAUACCCCGUACAACAACCUUGUCGGAGGCUGCCAAUUCCUCUGCAGAAAGUAGUAGAUGAGGAAAUCCAAAAACUAUUAAGUCAAGAUAUUAUCGAACCAACCACCGGGAAGAUAACAUGGGCUUCACCUUUGGUCGUAACACCGAAAGACGGAGGUCGACGUGUACGUUUAUGCGUGGAUAUGCGAAAAGCAAAUACAGCCAUUAUUCCGCAAAGACAUCCUCUUCCCACAUUUGAAGAGAUGAUGCCUCAUUUGAACGGAUGCAGAUUAUUUUCGAAGAUCGAUCUUAACAAUGCAUUUCACCAGUUAGAACUGCACCCCGAUUCACGCGACAUCACAACUUUUGUGACAACCAAAGCAUAUUACCGUUUUAAACGUUUAAUGUUUGGUAUGAAUUGCGCGGCUGAAAUAUUUCAGCGUGAGCUGGAACGAAUUCUGAAAAACUUGGAUGGAGUAGUUAACUUUAUCGAUGAUAUAGUGGUGUUUGGUCGUACAAUGGCUGAGCACAAUCAGCGCCUGGCAGCUGUCAUGAGAAGACUGAACGACAGUGGAACUACAAAUGAACAAAAAUGUCAGAUCGGUCGUUCCGAGUUACAUUCAUGGGACAUGAAUUAUCCGCUAGAGGAAUCCUACCCGCGGAGACGAAAAUAA